UGAUUAUUGCUAUUGAUUUUUCAUUCUCCAUUUCUGUUUUUCUAUCAUAUGUGAACACCCUUUUGGAAUUUGAAUCUGAAUGGUUCAUAAAGUUAAGAUCUUGAUUUGUUUUUGAGCUUGAUCCAGAAAUUUUUGACUGUGAAAUCAGACAGCUAAAAUGCAAGGAGCAUUGCGAUCAUUUUUGUCGAACGGGAACGUCAUAAAAAAUGCUGUUUUGCAACGAGUCCGCAUGGUGAAUCCCCUGUUGCAGCCAGCUGCCUUUUCACGGUUUGAGUCUGUUACACCUGCUCGUAUUGAGGAGCAUGGUUUUGAGAGCACCACAAUUUCAGACAUCUUGCAAGGAAAAGGUAAAGGCGCAGAUGGUUCCUGGCUUUGGUGCACUACGGACGACACUGUCUAUGAAGCUGUGAAAUCGAUGACACAAAACAACGUUGGAGCUUUGGUGGUCGUGAAACCAGGGGAGGAGAAAUCAAUUGCUGGAAUUAUAACAGAAAGAGAUUACCUGAGGAAGAUCAUCGUGCAGGGAAGGUCAUCCAAGUCUACCAAGGUUGGCGAUAUUAUGACUGAAGAGAACAAACUUAUCACAGUUACCCCUGAUACCAAAGUUCUUCGAGCAAUGCAGCUGAUGACAGAUAACAGGAUCAGACACAUCCCUGUCAUAAGCGACAAAGACAUGCUCGGUAUGGUGUCCAUUGGAGAUGUCGUUCGUGCUGUCGUGGGCGAGCAUCGUCAAGAGCUUGACCGCUUGAAUGCUUACAUACAAGGGGGUUACUAGUCUACUGUUAGACGUCGAUAAAUAUCCCCGGAACAACACUCAAGCUGACCCGAAUCAUGUAAUAAGCUCGAGUGUUUGUAAAUAUGUUUUGGUCAGAGAGCCAUCUUUGUCUGUUUCGUUGUAAUUUCGGGUUUCGGUUCCAUGGAACAUUAAUCCAUGGAGUAGCAUAUGUUAAUAAUAACUACUGGAUGCAUCUUGUUUCUGUUGCUUAACUAGUAAAGAUGCAAUGAUCUUUUAACUUUUCA